AUGGAGCGCAAGGACAGAAAGCGGAAGGCACUGGAGCCGUUAUUUGUAUCGGAAAAGAUCACAGAACUUACUUCCGAGCUGAAGAAUAGCGAUGCGAUGCUGCGGGAAGAAAUUCAAGAAUUGCGUGAUGAGAUCGUUAGCCUUAAGAAACACCUAGCGAUCAAAAGUGAAGAAUCCGCUCGCUUUGAAGCGGAAGCAGAGUUUUUACAUCCUGAUGCAGUGGUGGAUCGCGUCCGAACAAAGUUGUGGCACCACGGGGACCUAAGUCUACUUCGUAGAGCCAUUGAUCCAAGAAUGCGAGUGCUUCGCAACACGGAAAGCCGAAGCGAUCGGGCUCUUUACAUUUGUGAUACCGCCCCAAAGAAAGCUGGAACAAGCAAGGCACACUUGACUGAUAGCAAACCCAAUGCACACUUGACUGAUAGCACGCCCAAUGAUUUCUCCCCGAAACAGGAAUGCGAGAACGCGUCAGCGACUGAGACGAUGGACCCAGUCAAACAAUCGAGCAACGUUUCGGAAGAGACGAAAACAGACGACUUGAGCUUUGUAAGUGUUCCAUCAGUGCCAGUACCAGCGGAUGGUUCGCCGACCGAGACAUGGCCACAACAGGACGAUGCACAGGCCAAAUUAUCGCCACAAGAGGAUAUCACAAGUGUGUUGCCCGAAGUGACUGCUGCGGACAGGAUUUGA